ACGGAAACUUUUGUGCCUGCGAUCCUCUUCGCUACCCUACUUGGCCGAAACAAGAGUGCUGAAAGAAUUACUGUUUGUGUGGGCAAGUAAUAGGGAAGAAAGGCAAGAUCAGCAUAAAAUAAGUCCAGAAAUAAAAUUGCCAGAGGGGAGCGGUGAUGUCAAAAGUGGUUUCGUGAUCAGCGUGCUUAGUCAGGGAGCAGAGAUGGAAAAGCAAGCACCUGGGACCCACCGAUGCUUUAGCUGGGACGCGUGGAGAAAUCUGCUGCUGCCCCAGUUAAACAGGCAGUCUCUCUAUGUGUAUGGCAGCGAAGUGGCCGUGGAGAAGGAGUGUAUCAGGCUAAAAGAAAAAGGAUCCUUUGUCAUUCAUCCGUUCAGCCCUUUAAGGAGUUACUAUAUAAUGUGCAUGGUGGCCAUAACCUUCCUGAACCUCAUUGGGAUCCCGAUAGAGAUCGCUUUCUUAGACGGACAAGGUGGAGUGGGCUGGGAGGGAUUUAAUAUCUUCUCAGAUACUCUGUUCCUCGUAGACGUGGGACUCAACUUUCGCAUGGGGAUCAUUUCCGAGGACAGUCAGGGGGCAAUUCUCGACCUGAAAUCCAUUCGACAAAAUUAUUUAAAGAGUUGGUUUAUACCCGAUAUGAUCGCAGCCUUUCCAGUGGGUUACAUCCUUCUAAUUGCGGAUCUGCAGUAUCAAGGCGAUUCUCCGUCAUCAAAAGCCAGCAAAAUGGUGCGUAUCCUCAUGUUCGUGCGGAUCCUCAGCCUGGUGCGUCUGCUGCGCGUCUCUCGCCUGGUGCGCUUCUUUAACGAAGUGGAGAAAGUAUCGAACGCCAACCUGGAGGUGGUUCGGGUCGUGUUCAGAAUCCUGUCAUUGUUCAUGAUGAUUUUUUUGCUGUGCCACUGGAAUGGCUGUGUGCAGUAUUUUGUCCCGAUGCUUGAAGAGUUUCCAUCGGAUUGCUGGGUCCAGCGAGAAAAUCUCAUGAACGCUUCGGUGGGAGAGAAAUAUUCCUUCGGGGUCUUUCGUGCGCUCUCGCAUAUGACGGCGAUAUCGUACGGCUCCUCCGACGCGCCCACAAAUGAGGUCGAGUUGUGGAUUGUCAUGACCAGCAUUAUGUCAGGAGCUAUAAUGUACACAGUGCUGGUUGCCAACACAGUGGCCCUGAUGACUGACGCAGACCUCACAGCAAAAGCGUACAAGAACAAGUUGAAUCAUCUGGAAGAUUAUAUGACCUCCAUGAAGCUCCCCAAAGAGCUGCGUAUUCGCGUCAGUAAUUACUUUCAGGCUCGCUACGGGGGGAAGUGGUAUGACGAGAAGGACGUUCUGAACUGGGUGUCUUCUUCUAUUAAGGAGGAGAUUUUGAUGAUCAUGUGCUCGGGCCUCGUGAGGAGGGUCCCCAUCUUUCGCACCUGUGAAAUAAACUUCAUCAACGCCAUCCUUUUCCAUCUGCAAUACGAAGUUUUUCAGGAGGACGACGUCAUCGUGUAUCGAAACGCCCCCGGCGAUCGGAUGUUCUUCAUCGAGUGUGGGCAGGUCGUCGUGGAGACGGAGGAUUCUCAGACGGAGCUGUGUGAUGGAGGCUACUUCGGAGAUACGUGUCUGAUCACCAGAGGCAAACAUCUGGCAACAGUUCGAGCUCAGACUAUCUGCCAGCUCUUUUCUCUGUCUGCGAACCGCUUCUAUAAAGUGCUUGAAGACUUCCCAGAAGUUAUGAAGGACAUGAAGAGAGCAAUGAAGGAGACCAUCAAUUUCAUCUGAUGUCUUCAGAGGUGUCUGAGGUUUACACUAGGGGGAUUCCCCAUUCAUCACAUCACAUCAUGGUACACUAUAUGGACGAAGGUUUGUGGACACCGGAGUUUAUAAUAACUAAGAUUUACUCAAGAUAUUUAAAAUUUAUCAUUUACAGUAAUGAUUAUUUGAUUAUUUGAAGGAUUUUUUUUGCAUUUUUUAACUUUGUGGUAAUAAACAGUACUCGUUAGGUCUGAACUUUACACGGUUCACUUUUAUUGAUGCCAAAAGUGUAAAAUUCACAUAUAUGUAUACAUUUGUUGCAUGUGAAUAAAUUGUAAUUCAACUCAUAA